AUGAACAAGGUCUUUCCCCAGGGAGAUAAUGGCAACGGGGCUGCUGGAACCAAAGCCCUCUCUGGAGGGGCAGGACGGGCUUCUUGUGCCACGACCAGAGGCACUGCAUCCCGGCCAGCAGGGUCUGCGACGGCAUCCGCACCUGUGCCCACGGCGAGGAUGAGGAUGAGGGCUUGUGCCGAGAUGUGCCCUGGAGCCUGCCCAGCUUCCUGGUGGCCCACUGUGGAGACCCAGCCUCCUGGAUCUACUCGGACCAAAAAUGUGAUGGGACCAACAACUGUGGGGACUGCUCAGAUGAACUGA